UCUAGCCGCCACGCAUAUAAAGGAUUUAUAGUGAAAAACUUUGUUUUUACGGGUUAUACUUAUUUUUAGUUUGGGUUAUACCCAAAAUAAAUGAAACUAAAACGCAAACCAAUCAAACAAUCGCGUUGAUAGCGUCUCGUCGCUAGGUGACCCAAACUUGGCAGAGAAAAUGAAAAUCGUUGAGGGCCCUCAACGAUUCGCGUCGGGGACAUUGACCGCCGAUGCCGCUACCGAGUGAUGAUUCGAGACCUUUAAACUCACGAUUUCGCUGCGGCUUCGGGUCGUCGUUCGCUCGGCUAACAAUGCCACGCCAGCUGCGGUGAAAAGGCAGAAAAGCGGCCAGUUGCUUUGACAAACACGACUCGGAAGUUGCUCGCGACAACUUUACACGUAGGCCGCAUGGAGCCUACGCUCUUGCCUGGAAGCCGCGCCGGGGCCCCAUUGAUGAAGGCGGCGGCGGACGUAGGCCGCAUGGAGCCUACGGUCUUGCCUGGACGCCGCGCCGGGCCCCCGUUGAUGGAGGCGGAGGCGACUCAGCGUCGGCGGUGGUGGUGGCGGUGGCUGUGGCAGUCGUGUCCACUGCCGCCUUUGUCUCUCCUCUCGAGCCUGCUGCUCGCUCUCUUCUGCGCCGUCGCGGACCCGCUGUGCGAGAGGCUACAGGCGGGCGGUGGCGGUGGCGAGCUUGCGAUGCUGAUGAAAGCUGGGAUCGACUCCGCGGUGCAUGGAGCCGUGGCCAUGUGGAGCUGGGCUAUCGUGUGUGGUGGUGGUGGAGGUGGUGGAGUUGGUGGUGGUGGUGGUGGUGGUGGAGUUGGUGGUGGUACAGUCGCUGCUCAGGUACUGCUCGCGGGCUUCCUGGCCUGCUGCCUCGACCUGGAUCACUUCGUUAUGGCCAAGUCGCUUCGGAUAUCGGACCUGCACAGACUGCGCGGCCGCCCUCCCCUGCACAACACCACGCUGGUUCUCGCGCUGGCGCUCUCGCUGGAGCUGGUGCUGGUUCGUCCACUGGGCCUGCUGGGCGGGCCCUGGGAGCGGCUACCGGCGCUGGCGGCGCUGGCGUGGCUGUCUCACCACGUGCGCGACGGCGCCCGCCGCGGCCUCUGGCUCUGGCCGCUGGGCUCGACGCCGCCGCUGCCGCGCUGGGCCUACCUGGCGCUGACGGCCGCGCUGCCGCACGCGACCGCGCUGGCGCUGGCCGCGUGCGGGAGGAGCGGGGAGCCGGGGCAGCGGAGACAGCCGAACGGAGCCGGUUCUUUCGUCUGAAGGAUACUUGAACGGGACGUUGACCAAUCAAUUUUGUGCAAGCGUGUGGAUGCUUUUUGCCGCCCACACCAAAAACAUUCCUCCGAUGUCCGCUGUCUCGCCAUGCGAUCCCCGCACCUUACUUACGAGCCGUGUUAACUCGUUAAGCGAGCAGCAGUUUGGGUCCAUAAUAUAGUUUUUUUUUGGGGUUAGAUCGCGUAAAUAUAAAUGUGUCGUUAAACCCGCCGCCACCCGACACAGCCAAUUAGUAAGGUUUUUCACGUAAACAGAACGUGCCAAUGCGUUACUAGUACAGCACACCGGUGUGUUGGAGAGCAAAUCCACAGUAUUGCCCGGUAUGUUGUACUUGCAUUUAUAUUUACGCGAUAUAACCCAAAAAAAGCUAUAUUAUGGAUGAUAUUGGUCGCGAAAGCCUACUUGUUAGCAGCUUGGGUACGAAGCUGUGAUCUGAGUAUAGUUUACACAUAGGCCUCUUCUGUGUGCUGUUGCUUAUUGAAGCAAAUGCUGAAUUAUUUAAUGAUCAUGUUUCCAAAGAACACUUUAGAGUUUUGUAGCAUCACCAUCGUCAUCCAUCAGUAAUCAUCGUUAUCAACAGCAUAAACAUAAUCGUCAUCCACCAGUCUUCAUCAUCAGGAGCAUCAUCAUAGUCAUCAAUUAUCAGCAGCAGUUGCAGCAGCAUCAUAAUCACCGUCUUUAAUUCGUAAUCAUCUGCAGCAGCAUUGACAAACAUUUAUCAGUCAACAUCAUCACCGCCCCCACACGUUGCGUUAUCAUUUCAAUGAUCAGCCGAUCCACCUCCGUGUGCGUUACUUGAGACUGGAAAACCCGAGAUGGAGUUUGUCACCUCCUGAAACUGGAUCCUGGAGCUACAAGUGCACGUGCUUUUGUGUAUAUAUUUUGCCUUAAUGAUAUGGUGAAUAACCGACGGUGUGACUCCGGUCACAAAUAUCAAACCACGGACGGCAGCGUAACGCCACCAGCCCACUUUGAAUUUCACCAUCAGAAUUUCUGCUACUCGCUAGUUAAGUUUGUGAGACUUUGGGUGUCUGUGUGAGUCUGUGGGUUUUUAUUAUGUAUCUCCAUGUGACUCUCUGCCUCAAACCACGGACCACAUAGUAACACGACGGCCCGCUUUGAGGCCUAGAAGCUAGCCAGAUAUAUUUUGCCCAGUGGCGGCUCAUGACAUUUCUGCUAGGUGGAGAUGUUGCGAGUGACCUCAGAAAUGAUGGUGUUCUAAUUAAGAAAAACCUCGUCAUGUUAUUGACAUUCCCGUGAAAAUUAUAUAGCUUAUCUACUAACGGUAGGCAUUUAUAAACAACACGAAACAUAACAACAAAGCACUCGAAUGCUGUCGCCAUGACCCUCAAGUCCACACUACACAACCCCAUUGACACUGCCAAAUGCCGAGAGGGUGUAGGCUGUGGGCCCUGCUACAUUUGCACGGUGCAACCUCGUGUUGUGACAUGGUCGUCACAGCCACGGGCGCCUCUUCCACCGCCCUGAAUGGGUCUCAAACGACGUGGCUACAAUGCGAAGCUGCUAAUCGCAACGAAUGAAGGGAAAUCUCUCACUCGGACGCCUUCACAGCCGCCCCGAGACCCUCAGCGAGGCAGCACAAAUCAGACUUGUGGCGUUGCAGCUGUUUCUAAUACGAACAACUUAAAAUGUUAUCUUAAUUGGGCAAUUAACCUUGAAAGAAUCAUUUGACAUGUUUUAAACGCAACGAAACUAAUUUAUGGAAAAGUAUUUUUUUUAUUAGAAAAAUAAUUGCUCAUCUCCUGCCGCUUGUUGGGGCGACGGCCCUCCGUGGACGAACCGCGCCUGAUUUUGCCGCAGAUGUUGAACCGUGGCCAGGAUUGUCAACCCGGGGUGACUGGGUGCGUAGCACAUUGAGCAAACCACUGCCACCACUCCACACACAACAGCACCCGCCACGCGGUGGCAGUGGCGUCAGCACGACGCCUGUGCUAAGCCAGGAGCACUUUUAGGCCACGUGAAGUUGUCGAAGGCUCGCUGGCAGGGGGCCUCACGGAACAGACCCAGGUGCCGUGGGUUGACUGACUUGAGAUGACUGGCAGAUGCACAGGAUGUGCCCUCUACUGUGCCAAUUCCACACACAUACAUACAAACAUGCAUAUAUACACACAGGAGAACCCUUCUUAACGAUGGUAAUUGGUUCCACGAAACCGGUCGUUAAGUGAUUUGGUCGUUAGCGAGUAUAGGAAAUAUACUUGAAUGGCUCAAUUCGUUCCAAUAGCAUCGAAUGUAAACCAUGCCCCACACAUAAUAUAGGUUUUUGGGUCAGAUCGCGUUAUUUAUAAAUGAGUCGUAACCCUCCACCACCCGACACGGCCAAACAGUAAAAAAUGUGUCACGUUUUUCAAAGGACAAAAUAAUUAACUUCUUUAGCCCACCGGUGUGUUGAAGAGAGAAUCAACAGCAUUUUAUAAUUUGAGACGUCCGACGUUUCGCUGAUAAUUACAAUCAGCUUCAUCGGGCAAGAAUGGUGAAGCUCUCCUGUUGCUUCCGGUCUUAAAUAGAGCAGCAUCAGGGUAACGUCAUCAUUUAAUUCAAUCUGGUGCAGUGAUUCGAGGCAAAGGAGGGGGAGGGUAAUGUAAUUAUAUAGAUUGGUCAUCAUUCAAUUGUUAUUCGUUGGUAUUUGUUUCCCUUAUAAGGAAUUGUAUUUGUUUAAUAAUACACUUCCAGGCCGCACUAAGCCUGUAGCUGUCAGAGCCCCACACGCUCAUGAAUGGACGCCGCCGGUUGAGCAAGGCCUGGUCAGUCAACUUUGGAGCUCGCCGAUUGGCCGAAAUUGGCGGUCACGUGCUCGUCGUAAGCCCGUCGUUAACAGGGGAAAUGGUCGUUAAGCGAACACAUUGGGCUCUAUGGAGGCCCGUCGUUAAGAGAUUAGUCGUUAACAGGGUGGUCGUUAAGACGGGUUCUCCUCUACACUAUACACUACACUAUACACUGCUAUACUCUACACGACUAUACACUGCACAUUGGACUCAAUGGAGGCCUGUCGUUAAGCGAUUAGUCGUUGACAGGGUGGUCGUUAAGACGGGUUCUACUCUACACUAUACACUACACUAUACACUACACUAUACUAUACACGACUAUACACUGCACAUUGGACUCAAUGGAGGCCUGUCGUUAAGCGAUUAGUCGUUAACAGGGUGGUCGUUAAGACGGGUUCCACUCUACACUACUAUACACUACACUAUACUCUACACGACUAUACACUGCACAUUGGACUCAAUGGAGGCCUGUCGUUAAGCGAUUAGUCGUUGACAUGGGUGGCCGUCAACAGGGGUUUUACCCGGCACAAGAUGUGCACGUUUGAAUUCUUUCUCUCCAGUUCCGUGAUGAAGUCGUGGGGCCAGGGACUCCCCUCCCCCGUGUGAAGGGGAUGUUUUGACAGACGGAAGAUAGGAUGUUGGA